CAACACUGGCUCUGUUGCCAUGUAACGGUUUGCCGGCUAGCAACCGUAUUAUGAAGAUGUAAAUAUAAAGAAAAUUUAACAGUUUCACUUAAGAUGUCCGACCAACUAGAUCAAUUGGCCACCGCUGAAUUGCAGCGUCUGCAGCGCCAACAUCGAUCCCUUCAGCUAGAUCUGCGGGGUCUCCUCGAGGAGAAGGCAAAGCGUUUGAAAAAGCAGAAUCAUAUGAUCAACGUCUUGCAGUUAGAGCAUGAGAAACUAAAAGAAGAAAUCAGAACCUUAGAAAGUGGGACUCAUGCCCGCAAGAACACCAACAAGGAAAAGCAUUUGGGCUCCUUGCAGAAGCAACAAACCGAAUUGCAAAGAGUAUUGCAGAGUGAACGUACUAAUCUGUGGGAGCUAGAGGGGCAUAUUAGAAAAAUGGAGAAAGAAAUCGAUGCAUUACGUCGCAACGAAGUGCCCGACAAUUGUUAUAAGGACACCAUUUGCAAGGUGCAAAAGAGCGUGGUCAAAUUGGAGAAUCGUCUCGAUGUGGUCAACAAGAAGUGCAGCGAUGUUCUCACGGAGAAUAGCAAAAUGCGUGAUGCGAUUAAUCAUAUGCUUCAAGAUCGUGCAAACUUCAAUGAUAUGUGGCAAUCGAUGGUCACCCAAUUUAAUGACGGAAAGAAACUUAUAAUGGACUUAAUUGAUCAAUCGACAAUGGCAUUUGAUCAGCGUCAAGAGCUAUGCACAAAGCUAACAGUGCUGAAGGAUCGCAAUGAGAAUGAUAAAGUCAUGCACAUACAGGAAAUGAGGGAAAUGCAGCGUCGCUUGGAGCACGAUGCAAAGUUGCAAAAGUUCUUCGAUAUCAAGGGACAGAAACGUAUGAAUCCUGAACUGGAGCAACGUGAACUGGAUAAGAAGCAGACUCAAAAGGAGAACUACGAGCGACAGCUAUUCGAGUACAAGGAGAUCAUCGAACAAAUUAAGCAAUUAUACGGCGAGGAUGACACUGAUCGUUUGGUGGCUCAAUUCAAGCGCCAGGAAGACGAAAACUUUGCACUCUUCAACUACGUAAACGAGCUGAGUCACGAAGUGGAGGUGCUCAAUGACACUACACAGGAGUUAACCGAUGAAAUCGAACGUCAAAAAUCGGAGCAAACCGAAAAAGAACUGAAACUGAAGACGGAAGCUUUAGAUUAUCUAAAUGAUGAACUCGCUCGCAUCGAGCAACUGGCCAAGGAAACCAGCGAGAAGAAGCAAAAUCUCAGCAGCAGGUUGCAGCAACUACUUCGAGGAAUUGAAGAUAUAUUCAAAGUGCUGGCCUGUGAUGAUGCACCCAUACUAAAUGUGCUCAGCUCCAAAACUUUUUUGACCGUACACAAUGUGAAGCUAUUUAUUGGUGUUAUUGAACGUCGAGUGAAUCUCAUUAUUAGCACGAUUAACAUUGAGGAUAAUUCCAACAGAAUCUUGGCAAGAAAGGAUCGUGUGCCCAAAUUUAAUAUACGUGAAUCAGCUAAAAUGAAGCAUUAAUCAUAUAAUACAUUAAUGAAAGACUCAAUAAAAUGCAUUUCAAAAAUCAAUUCUUUAUAAUUUAUAAUUAUUUAUAUAAUCUUAACAUAUAAUGCACAUAGUAAAUCUGUAUAAUUGUGGCUAAUCUCAUAUACUAUGCUUACAUACUAUUGCA